ACAUCUCCAUCUUGAAAUUACAGAAUCACCCCUGCUUAGAAUUCGACGUACCAAGACAAUAACCCACCGGCAAAAGUCUCUGCAAUCCGGGCAAUCUUGGAAUUUCAGUCUCUCCGGGGGUUUAAAAGACCUCUCAUUUUCUUGUGUGAAUUCAACGUAGCUAAAAGAGAUCGACUCGUUAUAAUCCGUCGUCGUUUUUCCUCUUCUCACGCCCCCCCUCCGGAAAACCGUCGUCGUUUUACGAUCACCGGGAAUUCAUCUACUUUGGAGAACUGAAUUACAUUGCAGUCCCUUUAAUUAGAGAAUGGAAAAAAGGGGCUGGAUGAUUGUGGCAAUUAUCUUAUGCUUAAUUAUCGAUUCAUCUGGUAGAGAACUUAAGGUAAAGGCGAAGCAUACACAUCAACAUCAUCAUCAUAUUGCGACUUACAAUCACACACUUGCAAGAAUAUUGGUUGAAUAUGCUUCAGCUGUGUAUAUGUCAGACUUGACCGAACUGUUUACUUGGACUUGCUCAAGAUGUGAUCAUUUAACCAAGGGAUUUGAAAUUAUUGACCUGAUUAUUGAUGUGAAGCGCUGCUUGCAGGCAUUUGUUGGUGUUGCAAAGGAUCUUAAUGCUAUUGUCAUUGCAUUCAGAGGAACUCAGGAAAGCAGUAUACAGAAUUGGGUGGAAGAUUUGUACUGGAAGCAGCUUGAUAUAGACUACCCUGGAGUCGAUAAUGCAAUGGUGCAUCAUGGAUUUUAUUCUGCUUACUACAACACAACAUUACGGCCUGGAGUAUUAAAUGCGGUUAAAGAGGCAAUGGACUCAUAUGGAAAAAUUAAUAUUAUUGUGACUGGGCAUUCAAUGGGUGGGGCGAUGGCUGGUUUUUGUGGACUCGAUCUCAGUCUUGCUCUUGGGAAGCAGAAUGUUCAGGUCAUGACGUUUGGACAACCUAGGAUCGGCAAUGCUGCUUUUGCAUCCUACUAUAGCCAAGUGGUGCCAAAUACCAUUCGUGUCACCAAUGGACAUGAUAUUGUGCCUCAUUUGCCCCCUUACUACCAUUAUUUCCGUCAAAAGACAUACCAUCACUUCCCAAGAGAGGUCUGGCUCUACAAUAUUGGGCUUGGAAGUUUAAUUUAUACAGUUGAGAAGGUCUGCGAUAAUUCUGGGGAAGACCCAAAGUGUAGCAGGUCAGUAGCUGGGAAUAGUAUUUCAGAUCACUUGACAUACUAUGGCGUUGAAAUGAGAUGCGAGACAUCAGGCACAUGCAAAAUCAUAAUGGAUCCCCGUAUCUCUGCAUUUGUCCGAAAAGAUCUUGAUGGAAAUCUCGUCUUAUCCAGAGAUCUCUCGGCUCCCAAUUUGAAAUUAAUUACAGAACUGGAUGAUCUGGGAAGCGCAUUGUAGAUAUUUACUCAGGUUAACCGUGUCAAGUUUGUUUAGGAGUUAACAGAAGAGGUAACCCGCACAUAGCCUAUCGACUUUUUCCCUCUAAUGAUACCAUCUGAAGGGGGCAUAUAGCCUCUGAGAAGGUGUAUUUGUACAUAACUAUUGUAACAUUCAUACUUGAUGUGAAUAACUAGUUAAUUUCCAUUGUUUUGUGGUUGGUUUAUUGCUUCA